ACAAGAGUUGUUCAGUUUAGUUUUAGGUUUUAGUGAGUGACGGUGUCUCUCGAGGGACUGAAAGAGAGUGUGUGCAUUUCAUUGAAUCAUCGAAGUACAUACGCACAGAGAAUUACUCAUUACCGGAAACUUUAUUGGACGUGGGAAGAGAAUUCAUACUUUUUUACAUCGAACUACGCGUCGUCGCUAUAAAUUGAUUCGACAGAACGAACGAUAAUGGAUUCCACGCAGAGAGACACCGUCACAACGAGUAAUUCAUUUACCACAUCCCCGACGGGGAUGUCGUCGACGAGCGGCGGUCAAGUCGUUCCCCAGAUCCGGGCAGAAGCGAACCCGGUGAAUCGAAAACGUCGGAUGACAGAACAGCCGCCGUCACAAACCCCGAAAGCACCUCGACAAGGCUUGGUAAAUCCAGUGGAUGAUCAAACGAAUCGAGCAACAGAUCUCCCCGAGAUCGGGGCUGACGAGUCCCUCCACGAUUACAUCAGACUGACCAAAAAACCGCCGGUGCAUCCAGACGUUCCUGGUAAACGUCAACUGGAGGUGCAGAAUUCAAAUCGAAAGAAUGACUCAGCGAGACUCAGAAAGACUAUUCAGUGGUUGGAAGACGGGGCGAGAAGACUCCGCGAAGAUCUCGCCGAUGCAAGAUCCGAACUCAACGAGGAAAGAAGAGCCUCAAAAAUCUUCAAACGUGAUGUUGAAAUUGCCCUGCGUGAGGCAAGAUAUGAGGAAGCUGUCAAGCACCAGAGGAUCAUUAACGAAUUGAAAUUACGAUUGGCGCAAUUGCCAUCAAGAGGACCUGAUCCAAUCAAUCUGAAUAAUGCCAGAGGUGAAAUGCUGAAGGAUGAGAAUCACAGGCGUGAAAUAACAAUUGCCAAAAAAAGACUCGCUGAGGCGGAUGAGACGAUACGAAAGCUCAGGUCAAGCUCACUUGAUCUUGGUAGUACCGACAUGAAUAAAAGACGGAAGUUGAAUGCCCCUGACAUUCAGAGAAUGGAUCAUGAGAUUAAACGACUCCGUGAGACCAAUAAACGACUUGAGGACAAGCUGCAAAUUGUGACGGAAGCUGAGAGAGUCCGUACUUUUGAGCUGCGAGCCCAACACGAGAAUCACGAAGCCGAGAUAUGUGCUCUCAAGAAAGCACAACGUACAGAUACCAUUAGAAUGAUGGAGGUGAUAAGGAGCAAAGAGAGAGAUAUCGAAAAACUGGAGAAACUUGCGAAGCGAAAAUUGAGGGCCCGGGAGACAGAACUGAUGAGAAAACUGCGGGAGAGCGAAAGGGGUCACCAGAUUCGGUUGGGGCCGCCGAUUGAAGAUAAAAUAAAUCGACAUCGAAAUACUGACCCAUGUAAAGAUGACUACGACGUGGGUGAAAUGGAGCGUCUCCGAGAGGUGGCGAUAGAGCAACAAGAGAUAAUUGAAUUUCUCCGGCAAGCCCUGAAGGAACGUGAGCGUAAACUAGACCAACUCUCCAACAAAAAGCGCAAAGAAGAAUUCUACAAGCAAUGGCUGGAGCUCGAGCCAGUGGCAGAGGUCGAUGAUGAAGAGGAACAGGAAGAGGGUGACAGCGCCCUCUCAAGCGCGCCCUCUUCUUUAUCGCCUCAACCCUGCGGUCACUGGCAGUCUAACGGAGUUUCCCGUGAGACUUACGAAGGACUUCUCCUGGAGUUCGAGGAACUCCAGACAAAAUACAUCGAGGCACAGCAGGAAUUGUCCCACGCUAAGAGUCAAGUCCGCGAUUUGGAGCAGGCGUUGCUGCAGGAGACUCGAGGAAGUCAGAAUAGCCGACGAGUACUCAGCGAUAAGCUGAAGGAAACUGAAGAGCGAGAGUCAUGUUUGCAGGCGGAGAUAUCAGAACUGCGGGAGCAAAAUGAAUUACUCGAAUUUCGUGUGCUGGAACUUGAGGAGACUGGUGGUCCGAGGGAGUCCCCUGACACAGCUGACAGUGGCAUUGUGUCACCCGAACCCAAUCAGCUCUUCAAGGAGCCAAAUACCAAGCAACAUCGUGCAAUUGCAACCGUCAUACCAUACAACACGUACACCCAAUCAUUGUCACCGGUACCAGUUCAAAAGCCACCGCUGUCCCUUCAGGAAAGCGGAAUAUUUGAGGAUGAUGAUGAUCAGGUGGAAUGGGCUACUUGUGGUACGCAGACUGAAACCCCCUCCGGUGAUCUUUUGCAGGAAGUCCAGAGACUUCAGGAACUCCGUGAAAGGAUCCAGGAGAGGGCAGUCAAGGUACCUUUGGAGAGUUUAGAGACUGAAGAUCGUUUGACCUCUUACAAGGAACGAAUUCAAGAUCUGGAGGAACGAUUGGCCAUUUACGAAGCCGCUGAGAUUACGAGAUCGAAUGAUCAAUUGCUAGCGAAACAGAGAGAGGAAGAUGUUCUUGACGAGAACUACAAGCUCACGGAGAGGAUCUACUGGCUGGAGAAUGAAUUGAGAAAUCUUCAGGAGGCAGGGCGGGAUGUUAUUGACAUUGGGACCAUGACGGAUAGGAUUUCAAAUUUUGAGAAAACCACGGAUGAGAAGAUUACAAUCAGUGAUCUUUCAGCAUCCUCACCUUGUGGAAGGAUCUUUCAUGACGUUUUGAAGGAGAUUGAUCAUUCCAGGAGCUUCGCAAUGGCGAGAGUUGACGGAACUCCAUGGAAUGACCGCACCGAACCAGAAGCAAUGUGCGACGAAUGCAAUAUCAUGAGAAGCAAUUACAAUGAACAAAUCCACCGAUUUGUCAUCGCCGAAGAUUCUUUUCGACAGAGAAUCAUUGAUUUGGAGAGGAGAGAGUUCGCUUUCGUCAAGACUCUUCAGAAAGUCGAUGCCACGUGGACCCAACUUGAACUGUCCCACGCUUCAAACCUGACCGCAUGUCAGCAGGAACUUGAGAAUAAGGUUCAUGUCAAUCAGCAGAUGCUGGAUAGAAUCUACAGUCUCGAAGAGAUGAUUCGGAAUCAUGUGUGCGAGGGACACUCCACGGAUUUCGAUGAAGUCGACAUGAAGCGGAAAGAAGCCAUGGAUGAAGGCGUUCAAACGGAUGAAUUCAUGGAGACUGAUGAACCCUUUGUUAAAGCUGGAGUUGAUCGAUCUACGCAGGCUGAAGAGACUGAUUGGAAUAGGGACAUGCACACCGGAGAUGCCAUCCGAAAUUGUUCUGGCCAAAUAAUAGCGGAACUAGCGUGUGAGGCUCGAGAAGAUGAGGCUAUGCAAUCAUCAGUGUCACGAAUUCUCGUACAGCCUGAUGAAACCACUGCCAAUGAUCUUGUCAAACUAACCGAGUCUGAUACGGAUAAGAAGGUUAGAAAAUGGCGAAAUGGCGGACAUGAACGAGAUGGCUGGGUGAUGAGAGUGAGAAAUACGUCGAAGGGUAGUCGUAGUGUUAAAAACGUCAGGGCAGUUGUUAACGGUCAUCGUUUUGUUCUUUACCAGGAGAUUUGCGUUUAGUUUCUCUAUUUUGUUUACAUUUCACUCAGUGAAAGAACUGUCACAAAUUCUUUAUAACGAAAAACAAAAACAAAUUAAUCACUUAUGAAUCCAGCCUGAACUCAUUUCGUCAGCAUUUUCAAAUCCGUGUGAAAAUUUGAUUGUUGAUAACGUGACUCGAGUGCAUUGUACUUGAUAAGUCAAAUUCCAAUGGAUCGAGAAGAGAAAUUUAAUGAAAAAAUAGGUCUCGCAUGCGCCACGAGAACUAUGAGACUGCAAAUAUAUUUCUUGAUGGAGGAAAAUGGAUUGAUGAGGAUGUGCUAGAACUCAUGCGGCUUGGCUGGCUUCGUGACUGGCCCAAGAUUGUUUACUUUCGUUGGAGAUGAGAGAUCUGUCCUAUUUUUUUUUUGCGGUGACUGUUAUCGUCGAGGCUGUGGUUUAGCUAUUACAUCAACAUUAUCACGUGACCAGCACAAACUCCCGACAUUUUGAUGAAACAAAACUGUUCUUUUUUUAACAACUCUGAGGACAAUAUACUGCUGGCGCUGCUUGGUGCAACCAAGUGAUGACCAGGAACGGUACGUCCUACCGCAAAGGACACCCCAACGAUCGUAAAACUCAAAUUUAAACGCCAAAUACCGCCAUCCAACUAUAAAAUUCCCCCGAAAUUCCAUCCGAUUUACGAGAAUUCUAUUUCACCCAUUCAAAAAUAUCGUAUUUCAACAUCUACUACAGCGAUAUCACGAAUUGAAUCUCAUCGAACGCCACGAAAGAAAAAAAAAUACCCAAAAGGUCCCAAAAAAUGACGAAUAAUUACACUACAUACUCGAAAAAAAAUGUGUGUUUAUGUAUUCAUUUAUGUUACGUUUGAUUUUUUCUCAAUUUUCCAGUUGACUCUGUAUUUAUGCAUGUCAUCCCUAUGAAAAUAUUAUAUCAAAUCAUCCACCUUGCCCCGAUUUCGAUGAUUGAGAUAGGUUAGGGUUCAGGUAAUCUCUAGUCGAUUUUUACCGAUAUCAAAGUUUAUAAGCGACUCCGAAGAUCUGUACUAGCGUUUGAUUUAAACUUUUUGUCGAAACAUUUGAACUAGUUUAACGUUAUUUUAAUUAUGUUUGCAUGAUUAUGAUUAAUUCCAAUAAAAGAACAUGCUCAUCAUA